GCUUUUGCCAAGAUGUUACUCUAUUAAGCUUCAACGAGUACCCUUUGGUGCCUAGUGCACGAAAAGCUAGAUUGACCCAGAGUUUUGCAAUUUGUUUGCAAAGCAAAUGUGCCAACAAUAUUGUUUGUGUAGUUGAGUACUUCCUGCCACCCAAUGAAAUGGUUGUUGGAGAUACAAAGACUUUCUUUAAUGUGCUUUUAUCCACAAUGAACGAACAACUUCCAGGUUUCAUAGUUGCUUCUGGAAAAGAACUAGGGCAGAGGAUGCUCGUUGAAGUUGUUAAAGUUUCCCUGAGUGAUGAACUUGACUCCUUUGAAAUUGGCCAACCUCUGCCGAGUGUUCAAUUACAUCAGGAUGGAGGGGAAACAACAGAAAUCGGCCAACCUCUGGCGAGUGUUCAAUCACAUCAGGAUGGAGGAGAAACAACAGAAAUUGAUUAUUUUUGUGAACAGUCAAAUUUACAGAACAUGGAGAAUAAUGUUGCUGCUGCACUACUGGUUCCUUCUUGUUCAUCACUCAAGCGCGACUCACUCAACUGUGAGCGGACAGUGGAGGUUUAUCCGUUACUUCCUCAUCCAAUAGAGGAAGCUGUGACAAACAAAGGAACGGUUAAUGUGGAUGUAGCACAUGAUGACCACAUUGAGAAUACAUGUGAAAUGAUGCAACUUGGUUCACACUUUGAGCAACCAAAUUUAAAAAUUAAUUAUGCGGGCAAUGCAAGGAAUAAUGACAAAGUGGAGCAUAAUGAUUUUAGAUAUGUCAGACAAUCGUUUCAAGCUGAAGCUAUAAACAGAGAAAGUAACUUUGCCAGUGGAGCAACGACUAACAGCGAGAAAAUCCAUUCACAGAAGAGCAUCAUAAUGCAAAGGAUAGAAAAAGAUCAUGGGAUUACCCGCAAGAUUCUGGAGCAGCAUUUUGGCAUGACUCUUGAAGAUGCUGCCAAAAGUCUACAUGUUAGUCGAGCAACAUUGAAACGAAUUUGUAGAAUAUAUAAUAUCUCUAGAUGGCCACAUCACAAGACUAGAAAUGUUAAUGUCCAUGUUAGCCAAGGCAUAUCUUUUCAAGGUGCUGAACCAUAUGUGAGUGAUCAACAAUGUCCUGUUCUUUCCCAAGAAAAAGGCACAGAUUAUUUGGGUCACAAAAGAUCUCCUGCAAUAGGAAAACCUUGUGAUAGUGUGAUAACUUUAAAGGUUUCAUAUAGAGGUGAUAUCAUAAAGUUCCAACUCCCCUUUUCAUCAACGAGGGUAGAAUUGGAGGGGGAAGUGGAAAAGAGGCUUAAGAUAUCACUUGAAGGGUUUUCAAUAAAGUAUGAAGAUGAAGAUGACGAUUGGAUUUUGAUAACUACUGAUUCAGAUUUGAGGGUUGGUAUGCAUUCGCUAAGGUUGUUGGGAAGGACUAGUAUGAGAUUCCUGGUUAUCCCAAAAGCUGAGACAUGAAGGAUAGAAAAAGAUCAUGGGAUUACUCGCAAGAUUCUGGAGCAGCAUUUUGGCAUGACUCUUAAAGAUGCUGCCAAAAAUCUAAGUGUAGUCAGGAAAACAUUGUGAUAGUGUGAUGAUUUUAAAGGUUACAUAUAGAGGUGAUAUUAUAAUGUUUCAACUCUCCCUUUCAUCAACGAGAGUAGAAUUGGAGGGGGAAGUGGAAAAGAGGCUUAAGAUAUCACUUGAAAGGUUUUCAAUAAAGUAUGAAGAUGAAGAUGACGAUUGGAUUUUGAUAACUACUGAUUCAGAUUUGAGGGAUGGGAUGAAUUCACUUAGAUUGUUGGGAAGGAAUACAAUGAGAUUAGUGGUUACCCCACAAGGUGACACAUGAAGGUCUUCAUUGCAGUUUUCUUUCUUGCUUUCUCUAUCUCCUCCCUCACUGUUCUGCUGCCCCUCUCCUUUACUUUUUCCUUUU